CCGAUAAACUUGAUUGAUCUGUUGCUAUCAUGUCUGGUCCUGCCCGUACUGACCUGGAAAAGUGCAUGGAGUUGCUGAUUAAAACCUUCCAUGAACAUGCAGGAACGGAUAGUAACAGCAGUACACUCUCCAGAGAUGAAUUGACAAAUCUGGUCAAAACCCAGCUACCACGUUUUGUCCCGAAAGAUAAAGAAUGCGAACAGAAAUUCCUGGACUUUGUGGACUGCAGUGGUGAUGGGGAGGUGGACUUUCUGGAGUACGUAACAGCACUGGCCUGUCUGACUGCCCUCUACCAUGGUGCCUUUACCAAAUGUGGACAGAAGCGAUCAUCAAAAUGAAAUGAUUUUUUAAGAAUGCUGGGAAACUGUCUCCAGACAGUGAGAUGUUUUAAAGCUUUUACUGACCCUUUUCUGCUAAAUGUCAAUUAAAAAUGAUUAACUGACCAAA